CCGAGCCGUGCCCUCCUUUCUGAGGAAGGACGGGAUCGUUCCGCCCGGGAAUCACAGCGCCGGCAGUUUUUGGGGACGAGCGAGCCCCGGGGCCGCUGCCGGGGCCGGCGGAGCGCGGGGCUCGGUCCCGCUGCCCGGGCACGGCGGGGCUGCCCCCGGCGGGUGUGAGCCGAGCCCGGGGCUCCGCUCGCAUGAGCGUCUGGAGCAUCUCCCGCUUUGUUCCGCCGCGCCCCGCCAAAUGGGAAAGGACCGGAGUUUCUCCCGGCAUUUUCGGAUUUUCAUCCCCAAGAAGCACCGGCAGCGCUUUGACGAGGUGGUGUCUCAGAGCCUGCUCAGCAAACUCUGCCGCUCCCGGAGCGAGCACAGCAGCCGCCUGCGCCGCAGCCGCAGCGAGGACCACCAGGAGCGGCUGCUGGUGUCCACCCGCGCCAGCUCCGUGCCCCGCAGCCACCAGGAGCUCGCCAAGAGCCUCCGCAAAACCUCCUCGCUCAUCGCCGCCAAUGCGGCCUCGGGGGCUGCCCGCAGAACCGUGCGAGUUUAUAAAGGCAACAGGAGCUUUGGCUUCACGCUCCGUGGCCAUGCCCCGGUGUGGAUCGAGUCUGUCCUGCCGGGGAGCCCGGCGGAGAAGGCUGCCCUCAAAGCUGGAGACAGGAUCCUGUUCCUCAACGGGCUGGACAUGAGGAACUGCUCCCACGACAAGGUGGUGUCGAUGCUGCAGGGCAGCGGGGCCAUGCCCACCUUGGUGGUGGAAGAGGGCAUGGUCAGCCUCUCCCACGACUCUGACUCUGCUGAGUCCCCGAGCAGCUCCUCGGCCCUCACCUCCCUGCAGUGGGUUGCAGAGAUUCUCCCCUCUAGCAUCAGGAUCCAAGGAAGGACCUUCCCGCAGCAGCUGGAGCACCUGCUGACCCCGCCCGAGCGUUUGGCCGUCUGCAAGGCGCUGGAGGGCUUCUUCCAACACCGGAACAUUGACACUCUCAUUGUGGAUGUGUACCCGGUGCUGGACACACCAGCCAAGCAAGUCCUCUGGCAGUUUAUCUACCAGCUGCUGAGCUGCGAGGAGCAGGAGCACUGCCAGCAAAAGGUUGACAGGUUUCUGGGGUGCAAGGCCCUGGCAGGUGAGAGGAGGUGCCCAGGACGGACACGCCGUGUCCUGACAGCUGCUGGGAGCUCGGUGCCCUGUGCUGGUGUAGCUCUGGAGUCAAACUGCCUUGAGAGGAGAGGUGUCACCUCAAGGGUGCUCUGGGAGCCAAGGCUUGGGCAGCUGCUCAGGUGUUCCGAGGCAGAGGCUGAGGAUCGGUACCGCAGCUCCGUCCGAGGGGCCUCCCUGUGCCGGGGCAGCCUGCGGACCCCCCGCCCCGAGGAGGGGGCAGCAGGCAGUGACACCGUGGAGGUCCCCGUUCGCCUGAUCCCUGGAGAGAGACAGGCUGGUGAUGGCACGUCCCUCCCGGAGACACCCAACCCCAAAAUGAUGUCGGCCGUGUACGCGGAGCUGGAGAACCGCCUGAUCGGCGGCUUUGCGGGCAAGGUGGGCAGCGCCGCCCUGCACAGGACAUCGCCCCCCGGCCCGGAGCUGCCACACGCUGCAGGUGGCCGCAAGCCGGGCCCAGCGUGGCCGAGCGAGCUGGCGGGUCAGCCCUGCUACUACCGGCUGCACAGCAGCGUGGCCUCGCCCUGCAGCACCGAGUCCAACCCCUACGUCAGCCUGGACAGCAGCCCGGCACCAUCGCCCAAGCGCCGCGAGUACUCGCCGCUGGCGCGCCGCAAGAAGCUCUUCACCUUCUCCAGGCCCCCGCGCAGCCGCGACACCGACCGCUUCCUGGACGCCCUCAGCGAGCAGCUGGGCCACCGCGUCACCAUCGUGGAUGAUUUCCUCACCCCCGAGAAUGACUACGAGGAGAUGAGUUUCCAGGAUGACCAGGGCAGCUACGUCACCAACGAUGUCAGCAGCAGCGAGUACAUCAGCAGCAGCGACGAGGGCAGCUCCCUGACCUGCUCCACGCUCUCGGACCACAUCCCCCCUCCUCCGCUCAGCCCCGCCCCCGCCACCCCCCUGCAGUUCCACGACCCCCAGAGCGGCCCCGCCAAGGCUGAGGCCACCAAGGCCAGCGCGGCGCCCGCCCCCAAGUCCCUGACCGGCCACCUGCACCCCAUCCCGCCCCCGCCGCCGCCGCCCCCGCCGCCCCCCGUGCCCUGUGUGCCCCCCCUGCACCGGGGGCUGCUGCACCGCCGCAGCGACUCCAACCACAUGAGCGUCAAGAGGCUGCGCUGGGAGCAGGUGGAGAACUCGGAGGGGACCAUCUGGGGGCAGCUCGGGGAAGACUCGGAUUAUGACAAGCUGAGUGAUAUGGUCAAAUACCUCGACCUGGAGCUGCACUUUGGGACUCAGAAGCCCACGAAGCCAACUCUCAUGCCUGAAAACUUUAAAAAGAAAGACGUGGUUGAAAUUUUGUCCCACAAAAAGGCCUACAACACAUCCAUCCUGAUCGCCCACCUGAAGCUGUCGCAUGUGGAGCUGCGGCAGAUCCUGAUGACGAUGGAGACGGAUCGCCUGGAGCCGUCCCACAUCAAGCAGCUGCUGCUCUAUGCUCCGGACGGGGAGGAGGUGCAGCGCUUCCAGAGCUUCAGGGAGAACCCCGGCAAGCUGAGCGAGCCUGACCAGUUCGUGCUGCAGAUGCUCUCGGUGCCCGAGUACAAGACCCGCCUGCGCAGCCUGCACUUCAAGAGCACCCUGCAGGAGAAGACCGAGGAGAUCAAGGCCAGCUACGAGUGCAUCUGCAAGGCCUCCCUGGAGCUGAAAAGCAGCAAGAAGCUGGCCAAGAUCCUGGAGUUCGUGCUGGCCAUGGGAAACUACCUGAACAACGGGCAGCCCAAGACCAGCAAAACCACGGGCUUCAAAAUCAACUUCCUGACCGAGCUGAACACGACCAAGACUGUCGAUGGGAAAUCCACCUUCCUGCACAUUCUUGCCAAAUCCCUCAGCCAACACUUCCCAGAGCUCCUGGGCUUUGCCAAGGACCUCCCGACGGUGCCGCUGGCAGCCAAAGUGAACCAGAGGACGCUGACAGCUGAGCUGAAGGACCUGCACAGCACGGUGGGGGACAUCCAGAAGGCCUGCCACAGCAUGCCAGCCUCCGCCGAGGACAGGUUUGCCGUCGUCAUGAGCUCCUUCCUGGAGAGUGCCCAGCCCGCCAUGCGCUCCCUGGACGACCUGCAGCACAAGGCCAUGGAGGAGUUCAGCAAGGUGCUCUCCUUCUUUGGGGAAGACUCAAAAAUGACAACUUCCGAAGCCUUCUUUGGCAUUUUUGCAGAAUUCAUGAGCAAGUUUGAGCGGGCUCUCAGUGACGUGCAGGGGGGCGAGAGCCAGCGCAGCCCCAGGAUGACGUCCCCCCUCGCCUGGUGACAGCCUGAAGCCACCCGAGGUGCAACAACCCAUUGCCAACAAAGUGCAAUUUGCUCCUGUGCAGUCUGGUUGGAAAUACGCCGCUGCCACCACCCAGCAGAGCCACGGAGGAGGGGUCGGGGCAGGUGGGCACUGAGAAGGCACCGCGGGUGACAGAGGGUGACGUGAGGGUGACACGGAGAUAAACCCUGUGCUGGUCCUGACAGAGCUUCCUUAGCGCCCUCCCUUUGCAUCCAUCCGGUAAAAUGGGGGUUUCACGUCCAUCCGGUAAAAUCCCACUGUCACACAUUUCCCAACCACUGUAACCGGCCCCGGCAGCUGCUGGAGACCCUCCCACACCCCCACGGCCCCUGCCCGGCGUGGGGGCUCUGCCCGGGCAGCCGUGGGGUGGGGAGAGCCCAGCCAGAGUCCCCGGGAAGGCAGAGGGGGUCAGCAGGGCAGGGAGCGUGGGGGGACGAGCAGGACAGCGGCCACCUCCACUCCUCUGGGACCCUGAGGACGCUGCUGAGCCUGUCCAGCCCCUCUCCGAGCCCCCCUGCGCUGGGGCAGAGCACGGGGGGCAGACGGGAACAGUGGAGCAGAGAUCAGCAGAGGUGGCCGGGAAGCCUCAGUUCCCUUCCCCUGCCAGCCGGUGGCCGUGGAAAGCAGCAGGAGCUGGCAGGACCCUCCUGGCACACCCGUGCGGUCCCGAGGAGGGAUCCGGGCUGGUCCUUCAGCUCCCGGGUCCUUCCUGGCCCUCAGCUCUGCUGAACGCUGUGCCAGAGGCUGAGGGACCCUGAAACCCUCCCGAGAGAGAAGCAGCAGCAGCGCGGGGCUAUCGGACCUCACCAGCAAACAGCCCCGAGAGCCCCAAAACCAGCGGGAUCCUCCGCAGGCGCUGCUGCAAGGCACGGCACAGGCAGCGGGGCCAUCCCCGCCUGCUGCAGCCCCGGGAGCCCCGGAGCUGCGGGGCCGGUUCUGCUGGGGAUGUCCCACGGACCGCCCGAAGUGUCCGCGGCCACCUCCCGGUGUGCACAUCCCCUUCCCGGUGUGCACAUCCCCUUCCCGGUGUGCACAUCCCCUUCCCGGUGUGCACAUUCCCUUCCCGGUGUGCACAUCCCCUUCCCGGUGUGCACAUUCCCCUUCCCGUUGUGCACACCCAUCUCCCGGUGUGCAAACCCACCUCUCGGUGUGCACAUCCCCUUCCCGGUGUGCACAUCCCCUUCCCGGUGUGCACAUCCCCUUCCCGGUGUGCACACCCAUCUCCCGGUGUGCACAUCCCCUUCCCACCGUGCACAUCCCCUUCCCACCGUACACAUCCCCUUCCCGGUGUGCACACCCAUCUCCCGGUGUGCACAUCCCCUUCCCGGUGUGCAAACCCACCUCUCGGUGUGCACACCCAUCUCCCGGUGCGCACAUCCCCUUCCCGGUGUGCACACCCACCUCCCGGUGUGCACACCCACCUCCCGGUGUGCACACCCACCUCCCGGUGUGCACAUCCCCUUCCCGGUGUGCACACCCGUCUCCCGGUGCUCCCCCCACCUCCCGGUGCCCCCCUCCCGCUGUUCCCGUCCCCUCUCCCGUGGCCUGGCUGUCUCUCUCGGCUGCCCGCAUCCCGGGCCGGUGCCCGCGGGGCUCUCGGUGCUUUCCGGCCCUGCCCUCCGCGCAAACCGCCCCGGUGUGCCCCGGCCCCGUUCCCGCAGCACCCCCGCACCGCCGCAGGGCUCCUCCUGCAGCCCCCGCCCAAGGGCGCAGUCACCGAGCGGUGCGUUACUGACCGGACACCUCACCGGACACCUCACGGAUCUCCGGGUUUGGGGAGUUUUUUAAACCCCGCUCUAGAAAGUGCAGUAUAUUUUCACAAGUGUUCUCCGUUUAUACAGCUUGAAGUGCCAGGUAGUGGGUAGCCUUGUGUUCCAGAGGUCCAGGACAGGGCCAUGCUCCCUCUGCUCCUCUUUCCCUUUUGCACACUGCAUUCCGUUGAUUUUUUUUUUCUUUUCUUUUUUACCAUAUCCAAUAUUUAAACCACCAGAGGUCCUUUUGAAACUGUCCUGACAGAAGAUGCUGUACAUAGAUUUUGCUACGUGUUGUAACUUUCUGAAAUAGUUAGAACUCCAAUCCCUUUGGUAUUUUUUAUGUGAAUAUUUUCAAAGAGCCAGAACUUCUGGUGAAAUGAUUUGAUAAUGGGACGAUGUACAUUCACAGUUCAGUCUCUACCCAAUGCCGUUGUGCUAUUCCUAAAAUAAAGCUACUGCCUUCUGCCUCCUGA